AUGAAUAAUAAUAAUGUUAAUAAUAAUAAUAGUAAUAGUAGUAGUGAUAUUAUCAAUUGCAUUUUGGAUGGUGAUGAAAUUAGGUUUCCCCCCUCUCAUCCGUUAUCGAAAUUCAAUUAUAGUCCAAAUAUAGUUUCAAUAUUAAAAGAAAUUAAAAAGAUUCGUAAUGAUUUAGUAGAGUUGGAAAACAAAUUAGAGGUGCUAUUAAAAAUGAAAAGAGAUAAUGAGAUUAAUUAUAAUAGGAAAUUAAUUCAAUUUCAGCAGGAACUAACCAUUAUAAAUAAUUGCAAUUCAGAGAAUAAUUCAAUUAUUGACCAUCAACAUCAUCAUCAUCACAACAUUUUUAAUAACUUUGAAUACCAACUUAAUAAAGUUACUCAUGAUUUUAAUAACAAUGAAAAGAAAUUCAUUUUAGAGGAGCUAUAUUUAAGAUACGAUAUCGAUUCAAUGAAUGAAAGAAUAACACAACUUCAAGAAAUCUUUGAAAAGCAUAUUAAUCAACAGAGAAAUGUACCGCAACUAAACUAUAGUAAUAAUAGUGUUAAUAAUAAUAAUAAUAAUAACAGUAGCAGCAAUAAUACUAAUUGUUCCAAAUAUCAUCAUAACCACAAUUAUAAUAAUAAAAAUAACACUGGGAAUGACAACUCAAUAAUCAAUAUGUUUUAA